GCCAUUGUGUGCGCUGGGCUGUCUGUUAGUUAAACUGAGGGAUGCCUGUAGAAAUAAAGUAGGAGAAGGUGAAGAAAUGAGACUAGGCAAUAGGAGAAAAUCCACCUUUAAAGCCAGUAUUUGCUUUAUUAGCAACUUUUAAGUGUACAUUGUAAAAAAAAACUAAGUAUUGAAAGGAGUGUAGCCGAGUAGAGAGGUGACUAUUUAAAAAAAAAUCAAGGAAGAAAGGAAGGAAGAAAGGAAGGAAGGAAGGAAGGAAGGAAGGAAGGAAGGAAGGAAGGCAGGCUAUCCUCACCUUUCUUUCUACAGGUGUAUUGACAAGAAUCCGGCAAUGGAAACUUGGUCAGUUGAGCAGGUCUGCAAGUGGCUGGUGGAGAAAAACUUAGGUGAGCUGGUCCCCAGGUUUCAAGAGGAAGAAGUCAGCGGAGCCGCACUCCUGGCUCUUAAUGAUCGGAUGAUACAGCAACUAGUAAAGAAAAUUGGACACCAGGCUGUUCUAAUGGACUUCAUUAGGAAAUACAAGCAGAGCAAUGAAUGGCCAAAGCCCACUGGAGGCCCUAGAGAGACAUCCCUGUUGACCCUGGCUCAAGCUGCCCCUGAGCAUGAAGAGAACUCCAGUCCCACCAGCUAUGGGGACCAGACAUCCUUGCAUCCAGCUGAAAACCUCGAUAACGGACUCAUUGACCAAAGAGUAUUGAAACAGAGAAGACAUGCGAAGCACGUUCUAGCGAGGUAUAAAGCAUCACAAUGGGCUAAGUCCUAUGUCUUACCGGAGUUUCCCUACGACGUCAAGUGCAUGCUGGCGGAGCAGAAGUGCCCUGAUCACAGCAUGAGGAUAAGGAUCAUCGAGUUUCUCCAGGCAGAUAUGACUAAGUACCUGGAAGGCUCGCUGUACCCCACCACCCAGCAGUACAAUGAUGUGGUCAACGCCCUGCUGCAGGCCCACCCUUUCCUGGAUGAAGACGGCUGUGGCUUUUUUUUAUGGAAACGAGCCCUCAAAGAUCGCUUUAAAUAUGUUCGAAGACCCAUAGAAGAUGAUGAACAAGUCCUGAGAAAUAAGUGUAAAUUUGGACAUCGAAGAGGCCAGACAAGGAAGUCUCUUGCUGACAUAGGAUCUGAUGAAGUUAAAAUUGUGCAGAUAAAAGAAGAAUCUGUUUAUUUAGAUUCGGAGGUGAAUGAACAUAUUCACUGGUUCCAGCGAGAGUACAUGAAAACAGACAAGGACUGGAGAGAAAUUGACAGGAGGAUGAGUCAGACUUUGGAAAUCAGAAGAAAGAUGAUUGGCUGCCGAACACCUCUCAAGGACAUUCUUAAGAUGUUUCCUUUCCUGAAGUGCCCUUACCAGAUGUUUCGAGAAGUCCAACUUCUUACAAAAACAGAUAUUUAUAAGAAAACAAAGCAUAUUCUGGAAUCCUACUCGGAAAAUAUACUGACUGCCUUUUCAGUGGUGGACAAUCCAAUCAAUACUGCACUGCAAGAGAAGAUGAAACACUAUUCAGAUGAAGGAGUGCUCAAGAAUAUGAAGAUGACUGCCACCUGUUUACUCCUCCCAGGUGUUUUUGGGGACGAUCCCAGCCUUUUUGUCGUUGUGAAUGAGAAGGUACAUGCAUCCACCCCAGUGUUGGGAGUUAAAAACCCUUUCCACAUCAAUGGCUGUGAGUUUUCUCUGUAUCUGGACAAAGAGAAGCUCACCAAGGUGGAUGACUGUGUCACAGCCCUGGCUGCUUUGGUGGCUGCUUUCCAUGUGUUUGGGAUUGAGUGUCCGAGAAGACUGUCCCAAACUUUCAACUUCCUGGAGACAUUGAUCUUUGAUGUGCAGAAUCCCUGUUUUCUAUCUUUGAGAGAAAAGGAAAUCAGAUCUCAACCUCCCAUCACUUAAGACUAUCCAAAUUGACCUCCAGGGUGGCCAAAGCUUCAUAAACAACUGCAGAUUGAUUUAGGGGUUGCCUUAGAGGUAGGGAUUGGAAAAAAAUGUUGUCUCAAAUGUCAGUGUUUUUUUUUUUUUAGAAGCACUCAUAUAUCCAUUUCCCCAUGCCGUUGCCCUCCCAUGUGUCAGUGAAUUUUUGAUGCUUCUGUCCUAAACUUAGAUACUUAAGCUCUCUGUUAUGUUUGGUAAUAAAAUACUACUUAAAAGCUUUGAA